GGUGCGGUAGAGUAGGAGUGAAAAAAAAAAAAAAACACUGCACAAUUAGCCGACCAACAGAUUAAUAAAUGACAGGAGGAUACAGAUAUUGAAGAUCACCGGCAGCAGAUGUAACUCGAAAAGCCAUUAUUUGAGAGGUUAUAUGAUUUAUCUUCAGACAAGACAUGUUAACCUCGCUGUCCAAGAAUUGAUCUCUUAUUGAAGAAGUCGGUGUUUUCAGGUCUGUAGCUGGCUAAGUGUUAGCUAGCUGGCAUAGCUUUCUGCAAGCUAGCUAACUACUUAGCAAGACGAGUAGCUAGGGAAUUCGGCUUUGGCUUGAUGUCGCCAGGGCCCUUAUUAGACAUUCUCUGAUGUCGCGUAGGGACCGAGCGGACGCUACAUGGAUUAAUUGUUUGCGAAUGAUUUAACGGCGCCAGUGUAAACAUCUCUUGUAAUGUCACAGCCGGGUCUUUGACACCUCGUCUACAUGCUAACCAGCGUUUAAGUUAAUAGCUAGCUAAGUGAGGAAGGUCAACAUUUUUGCGGCAGCAAACUGACUAAUAAUACCACAAACGUUGCCACUGGUCCAUAUCUAUCUUCCAGUGUCAUUGUAGCUCGAAUUUCAGUUGAUGUCCGCUUUGUUUCCCGAUUUUUAUGACCCAAAGCGGUAGCUAUUCUUUUUAAAUGUGUUUUGCUCCGUUCAGCCUCUGUCUAUUUUUGACAGACUCUCUUUGAUCGGAUGUUAGUAAGGGUCGCUGUCCCAUUUGGUAGUUUACAAACAGUCUGUUGUAGUUGUCAGCGGGCUGACUUAGCAUAUGUCGUAAUGUUUCUCGUCCUUAAUUCCAUAAACGAGGUGGAAUAGUCACUUUUCUGAUGCUUUAAUGGCUAGUAAGAUACCUGUUUUGUAAAAUAUUGCAAUCCUGAGGGUUUUGUGCAGACCAGAAAUCCAUUUGGAUCGUGGUACCAUUUUUUGUGUGCUUAGAGCCUUUCAUAUGCAACCAUCUGGACAGACACUUUUAUAUCUACAAAACCAGUGCUCGCUCUUUUCUAUUUAUUAAAGGGAUAUCUGGCACUUCAAUAUCAGUGUACAAUGAAUGGCCUAUCUGUCAGCGAGCUGUGCUGCCUCUUCUGUUGUCCCCCUUGUCCCAGCCGCAUUGCUGCCAAGCUUGCCUUCCUGCCCCCGGAGCCCACCUAUGCCCUCCUGCCCGACCUGGAGGCAGGGCCCGUGCCCGCGGGUGCGCCCGCAGCAACAAGCCUGCGGGCGCGGGGAGGAGGGGGUGGCGGAGGCGCCAGCGGGGGCGGAGGAGGGGGGGCAGGCAGCACUGCGGCCGGAGAGGGCCGAUGGAAGCUGCACCUCACCGAGCGAGCGGAGUUUCAGUACUCCCAGAGAGAGCUGGACGUCACGGAAGUGUUCCUGACGCGCUCCAGCCGGGGCAACCGAGUGGGCUGCAUGUACAUCCGCUGCGCCCCCUCCGCCAGGUUUACCAUCCUCUUCUCCCAUGGCAACGCGGUGGAUCUGGGACAGAUGAGCAGCUUCUACAUCGGCCUCGGCACACGGAUAAACUGCAACAUCUUCUCCUACGACUACUCAGGCUACGGAGUAAGCACGGGCAAGCCGUCCGAGAAGAACCUCUACGCAGACAUCGAUGCCGCCUGGCAGGCUCUACGCACACGGUAUGGCAUCAGUCCUGAGAACAUUAUCCUGUACGGGCAGAGCAUUGGCACCGUGCCUACCGUCGACCUGGCGUCACGGUACGAAUGUGCGGCAGUCGUCUUGCACUCCCCUCUCACCUCGGGCAUGCGGGUUGCUUUCCCCGACACAAAGAAGACCUACUGCUUUGAUGCUUUCCCAAACAUUGAAAAGGUGUCCAAGAUCACGUCACCGGUACUGAUCAUCCACGGGACGGAGGACGAGGUCAUCGACUUCUCUCAUGGCCUGGCGCUGUUUGAGCGCUGCCCCAAGGCCGUGGAGCCGCUUUGGGUGGAAGGCGCUGGACACAACGACAUCGAACUCUACAGCCAGUACCUGGAGCGCCUGCGUCGCUUCAUCGGCCAGGAGCUAGCAGCGCAGCACACCUGAGAGGGCCCCACACAUACACACACACACACACACACACAUAUAUACACACACACACACACACACACACACACACACACACACAUCCAGCCACCCUCCCUAGUCUUUCUCUUCCGCUUCCCCUCCUCCUGGGCCAAGGUCUGUUUAACUCCACCCCACUCUCUCACACACACACACACACACACACACACACACACACACACACGCCCCCUGUCUGGGAGGGAGCGAGUGGGCGGUCUCUGUCUGUCCAUGGGCCUCUGAGUCAGUAAAGGGGGGAUGGUAGUGAGCGCCCACCUACUCAGACCUGAACGAGUGAAAUCUUUCUAUCUCUCAUUGUUGUAGUCUUUUUUUUAUUAUGGUCGUCAUGACUUCUUAUAAUCACAGACAGCCCCUCUCAUUUUUUUUUUUUUUGUUUGUUUGUGUGUUUUUGUUUUGUUUUGUUUUGUUUUGUUUACUUAUUAUCCCAUCUCCAACAAUCCACUAAACGGUCAUGGUGGGCAGUGGACUCCCCUCUCACCCAUCGACACCAGCUGACCCAGCAUAGCGCUGGAGGGUGACGCGGGCAGGGCUGGGACAGCGCACACACACACACACACACACACACACACACACACACACACACACACACACCACCUCAGGCCUCUCGCACCUCUCAUCCGCCCUUUCGUCUGUCUCUCUCAUCUGUCUCUUUCUUCUCAUCCCCCUCGGACCCUCCCGCCCUCCGUCACACCUUCCGUCUGUCGUGGGGCGCACACGGGCCGGCCGGCCUCAGGUGCUGAAAGUCGUCUCCCUGUUCCUUCCUCCUCCCGCUCACCUCGCAGCUGGGCCGAGGUGUGUCUGUGGCGCCGAUGACAUGUGAUAUUGACCAUUACUCCAGCCCGGGGUACCUCAAGCACACUGGCCGGCUCUUUUGUCUGUGGAUGCUUGGCCUCUAUCUGAGCCCUGUCAGUAAUCUCAAAGGGGGGGGGGGGGGAGGAUACAGAGGGAGGUGGGGGUAGGGGUUUGGGCAGGGGUUUUGGCCCCUUUCCUGACCUGUUUUGGCUCAUUAUAGAGACACUGCAGACUAAAAAACGUUAGGUGUCCAUUCUAGAUGCAACAGGCAGCUGUUGAAAAUAUUGAAAACUAAACCCCUCCACCAUUGCUGUUGAACAAGGGGAUUUGUUUUAUAGAAUUCAAACUAUAUGCAGAAGUGAAGUCUCGCAAAGGAAUUAUUGACUACCUCCCCCCAACCCCACCAAACACAAAGAGAAUCUCAUCCCAUCAAAUUGCUUGUAUUUGCCUGAGAAAAUAGAGAUGUGACAGUGUUUUUUUUUUUUAAGUUUAGCCAAUUUUCCACCUAUUGAAUGCCUAUUUGUUCAUAGAUCUUUGAAAAUUGUUUUGUGAAAAAUAAAAUAAAAAAUGGAUCAGUUCAGUUAUUCAGACCUACACUGAUAACAUCAUAUCUGUUGAAUUUGCCAAGUCUUUAUCAAAUAGUUAAUGUGUGUAAAAAUGAGACCAAGUACCGCUAAAAUGGGAAGCUUUCAUAAAUCACACAGUAAAUGAAUCCAUUGGCUGGACUAGGCGUUAGUUUGUUGGUUUUACUUCUGAUUAUGUGUUUUAAAAACAAACACGCAAAUAUUUUGGCUGAUCGAACACUGUUACAUCCCUAUUUUGUUUGGCAAUGUGUAUUUCUGUAGUCUCUUGUUUGAAAAUGGUGGAUUUGGAGGAAGGUGGCUUAUCCCAGCAAACAGUCUUGCUGCUAGCUCUAUGGAGACAGCAAAUGUUACAAAAAAUGUUUUCCAGUUUUUCUUGUUCCUAGUUGAAAAUAUGACAGCAGGUUUGUCUUCAGAAUUGGACAUGGAAAUAUUUUUUGUCAACAUCGAGUGCUGAGGUUAAUUUAUGUACAGUUUGAUUUAAAGCCUAUAAAGCAUUUAGUUGAUGUUGGUAAAGCAUAGCUAUAUGUUAAACACAUUUUUUAUCACAUGUCCCUGAUGGUCUCCAAAUUAGCACCUUCAUGGCAUUUUUGAAGCCCAUUCUUCAGAGGUGUAUCACACUACAGAGUAUAUCUACAAAUGUAUAAUCGCAUAUGUUAGUUGUCCCCUUGAUUAUGACCCUUCUUUAACCUAAAUAUCUCACCUGAAAUCUCACCGAAAUCAUGAGUGGUUAUCACCUCGGUUCUGUUACUUUUCAUCUCUUGGCAAGAACAUAUGUCCUUGUAUGGAUUACAUUCAAGACCAUUUUUGAUACAAUAUUUAGUAAAGCUGGCUCAAGUUCUACAGAAACAGAGACACUAAAGAGUCAUUGUGAAUCACUGGGCCCAUGCUGGCUGUGGCCACAGUGUGUAACUGGGUCAGCCUUCUUUAGACUAAGCUGUUUGAACUGGAUGAAGUAUUAAAGUGAACUUGCUGCUGAAGACAAGGAUCAAACGCUCUAAAUGGAAUGAAAAAAGGCCCAACCCUUCCUUUACGUAGAAAUCAAGCACGUUUCCUGCAUCAGUGCAAGUUUCCUCUGUGCAGUUUGCAUCAGCAUCCCUGGUUUUAUGCUCGAGUCCUCCUGGUGUACAUUUGUUUUCUGGAUUGGUUGCAGGGGUGCCUUCUCUUCUGUGCAUUUGGACUCUGUAGAGUGCAGCCUACUAAGUCCUCUCUGGUUCUGAAACAUUGGUUAACACUAUAUUAAUGAAGGGCAUUGGGGCAUUGACUAGAAGCUAGACUCAACAUUGCAGACUAGAAUUUUUACACACAGAACUUACAAGGAUGAUGCUCAUGCUUUUAAUAUCCACCUCACUUAGCCUGAUAACCCCUUCAUUUUUCUCUCUCAUGGCGUUUCCCAGUGCAGUGGAUUCCAAAUUGAUUGACACACAAGGACAUGUAGCUUACACCACAGAAUGCAAGCAACCAAGAUGAUCCAUCUACCACUUUAUUGGUAGUGACUCAUGUCUGGACGUUUUUUUUUUUCUUCAUUGGACCUUUGUGGGUUGUGAUUUCAAAGUACUCGUGUAAAUAACCAAGUAACCAACCAAAGGCAAAAACCUCAAGUUUGAUGCUUGUUUGUCAACACACUUUAUCCACUCAGAACACCGUUGAGUGGGUCGAUAUCCAUCAGAACCAAAGACUCACAGGUCUCAAAGCUGAAGUCCACUGCCACCGUACUGUCCCAGGGUUGUGGCAUGGAAAGGGAAUUUUAACACGGGCCAAACCAGGAUCCAAUGAAGACUGUUACUCAGAUAGGCGUGUUUUCUAUAGACAUUCAGAUACAUCUACACAUCUGCUGAAGCAGAGGAUGCAGGGAUUCGUCAGAUAAUGCGAGCAACACACGGCCGAUCUCUGAGUCUAAAGGGGUUUGAUGAAACAGCAUGUAUGGGAAGGGGAAGGAGUGUGUGUGUGUGUGUAUGUGUGCUUGUGGUGUGCCAGGUAAGCCACACGCUCACGCACACACCUUCUUUUAUCUUGUUUAAAGAAAAAAAAGGAUAAGUUAUAUAGAAAUGUCUUUUUUUAUUAUUCAAAUGUAUGUACUGUACUUCAAGUUGUUUGCAGGGCUUUUUUUUUUUUUUUGCUUUGGGGGGGAUGGGGAACCAAGGGAAUUGGUGAUUUGAAAUGUUUUAUUGUAUUCUACUUAAGCAUUGUUAUUUUUAAGUUGUCAAAGAAAAUGUAUGUCUUUUUUCCUUUUUCCAAAAUUAAUUGAACAGAAGAUCUUAGGAAAUAAAACCAUGGAUUGAUUACUAA